UUCUAUGACCUUGAACAAGGUGUCACUCGGCUCGCGGCUUUGAGAAAAGAAUACUGCGAGCUUAAACGUCGCGUUUCCCUCUUGGGAAUUUUUUUCCAAUUCCCCGCUUUGCAGUCCGCAGAGGCAAAGGUAAGGGUCAUCAGGUGGAUGAGGGAAAUCGAUUUAGAUCAAGAUGUCGACCACUUCCUUACCUCAGAUGGCCCCAAUCGACUCCUCCUAUCGAAACCUGGUCACGGUGAUCGCGAUGUCGAAGUCCCAAAAUUCAAGGCAACCGAAAGUUAUAUGGAGCUUGGGACUGUGUCCAUAAAUGAUGAAGUAGACAUCUUAUUCGAAGAUCUGUUUGAUAUCAUAGAGCCCCUUGACUGUUCGUCACGGCUAUCGGUGACUUCAGAGACGAUGCUAUUUAUUCUAAAGGCUGAGAUGGAAGACUGGCCUGAUGAAAUUCUCGUAAAAAACCAACAGUUGGAUUGGGGGGAUGAUUCUGACCCAGCAAUGUUCGAGAGUACCUCACUGUAAUAAGCUGGCCGUCGAGCGACUCGUUGGGACGAGGUCUUGGACGUAUUAUUACUCCUAAAGAGAAGAACAAAGGGAUAAUUUAAUUAGGGUUCUGUAUACACCGAA